AUGUCUUGCACAACAACAUCCAAGUUCCUCAGCGAGAAAGACUACUCCAGCCUCGCCAGCGAAACACCAAGAUCCUCCUUCGACACCAACCGCUCUGCCGGGUCAGCAACGAAGGAUUCUUUGAUCCGACGCAUCGGGAGGGGCAUCAAGAAACAUGCGAAGGAACAUCACGAGAGUGUGAAUGGAGCAUUCUAUGCCUACUAUGGCAUGCCAAUCCAAGGACAACGACCAGCUGCUGAGGUCGCCAAGCAAUCGAAUUAG